GUUGAUUUCUGCUCUGAUUAUCUAAUGAAUUUCACUUAACUUUGUUUGUACAUUGAAUAAAUUGAAUCAUACUGAGAGGAAAGUUCUUUAUUUCAUGAUGAUCAUUUAGUUAGAUAUAAAAAUAUAUGUAGUUAUUACAUCAAGUUUAAUGGAACUGAGAUCAACAUGGAAAAUUAGUGGAAUACUGAAAUCAUUUAAUGUUAUGAACUGCCUGUAGACAACAAGACUCUCAAUUAGAUGACUUUUUUUUUCCUGAAAUACAUUUCACGUGAAAAAUUAUCAAAAAUAAAUGAUCAAAUUGUAAACCAGAAUAGCAAAAGAGUUUAUUUCAACGUUAUCUCAAGAUUGGCAGACCAAUAGUUCUACGAUGAAAUCUAACAAAUCCAUAAUCGAAAGAACUUGAGAUCUGUCUUGCAUAUUUAUUUUUCACUGUUGAAAGAUACCAAAUGGAGUGACACAUUUGGAAUUAAACCAUGUAAUCAAGGAUAUCUAUGAAGUAUGGUAAACCGAUACAAUGCUGGACACCGCAAGAAUUUACUAGAGCAUGGGAAGAGUAUGCAGAAAAUUAUUGUUGGGUAGCCAGUACAUAUUUUAUACAUUUAACCAGAUAUCCAACAUCGAAUAUAUUGGUGUCACAGUCUAAUUUUAUGCCAAACGGUUAUAUAGAUACAAAUGGACAACGUGUAUUACAGCCUUAUUCAAUAUUUCCAAAAUUUUCAAGACCAAAAGCUGGUGAAUUACCAAGUGAUGGUCGAUUAAUUAGUUAUUAUCAAUGGGCUCCUAUUCUAUUAGCAGUUCAAUCAUUUUUAUUUUACUUACCAUGCCUUAUUUGGAGACUUUUUGCUGGUCAAUCUGGAUUUCAAGUGAAGAGGAUAAUGCAGUUUGCUUCAGAGGCAGCCCAGGCAGCUCCAACCGAAGGUGAUACUUCGUGUCAGCCGCAAACUCAGUCAAGCCAAGUUGAUCAGGUCAACCAAAGCAAAAAACGAACCUCCGUCAUUGCUUUAAACACUAUGGGUUUUUCAAGUUCCGCUCCGAAUUCUAGCUUUUCUGCAACUAAAUCAGUAAAAACCUUGGCUCGUUAUUUAGAUAUGUGUUUCAUGAGACAACGGGAACUACGUCGAGCUUUUAUCGUUGGUCCAGAUCAAAAGCUCAAGAAAAAUAGCUAUAGUACUCGAACAAAGUCUUCUAAAAGUCAGAGUGGAUUUUACCUUCCAGAAAUAGAAAGUGGUGUCUUUAGACAUGGUCAAAGAAGUAUAAAUCGUAUUCACAGCAGUGCUUCGAGUAGAACUAGAUCGGGGUUAGCUUCAGAGCUAACAGAAUAUGAACAAAAUUCAACAGUUCAAAGACUGGCAAUACAUCAAAGGAAAAGGUGCUUUACAUUUUCUUCUUGUUUUCGCAAACCUUGCAGAAAGCGUAAGUCAACAUCCAGUUAUCAACAGUACAGCAACAAAUCAUCUAAGUUAACACCUCAAACAAGUUUACCAGAUAAUUUGGAAACAGUUGCGAUGCCAAAUAGUUACUAUUCUGCUCAUAAAAGUUUUGGUGAUUGUUCGCAGACUGUGAAUGAGUUGACGAUCGAAGAACCUUCGCAAAAUUCAAGUACUUGUUGUCCAUGCUGGGGAACACGUACACCGAAACAUCCACAAAGAGCUCAUACCACCCACAUACCGCCGUGUAGGUAUCAAGGAAAUUUUCUUGUUCGCUUAUAUAUGCUCGUGAAGUUAAUUUAUUUAUCCAAUGUAAUUGGACAAAUUUUUCUGCUCGAGUAUUAUACUGGUGUGGAAUAUAAUUUUUAUGGAAUUAGAGUACUGUAUGAUCUCGCCAGAGGAAGACAAUGGGAAGAAUCUGGUCAUUUUCCUAGAGUGACAUUCUGUGAUUUUGAAGCAAAGAAGCUUGCGCAAAGUCAUUACUAUACUUUGCAAUGUGUUCUCCCAAUCAAUAUGUUCUUAGAGAAGAUAUACAUAUUUUUAUGGCUGUGGUUUUUCUUAGUCGGCAUUGUCACAUUCAGUAGUAUUAUUAUAUGGAUUAGAAGAAUAGGUACAAGGACUGUCAGACUUACUUGGAUUCAACAACAGUUAAUAACUAUACGUCAAUAUGACAAAUUCGAAAAAAGUUUUGAACAGUUUGUUGAUAAUCAUAUGGGUCCAGAUGGGGUAUUUUUACUUCGAUUGAUUGCACAAAAUUACGGAGAUUUAGUAGCAGGUGAUACAAUCGGUGAAUUAUGGAUGGCUUAUUGGCAAAGACGAUUAACCGUUUCGUCAGAGCGUAGACUUACGGGGAGUAUUUCAAGAAAACCACCAUCACCAGCUUCUACAUUUAAUAGGUUUGAUCAGCCUCUACCGUCAGAUACAUAUACUAAAAACCCGUCGUUAAGAAACCAGAACAAUGAAACAUAUCCAAUGCAAAUGACUUUAACAAAGGGACAGAUAGAACACAAAACCUCUAAGCAAGGUAAGAAAGAUAAAUCGCGACGUAUGGCCACUGCAUCAGGUUUUCCAGCAGCCUUACUUGCCACGGAGAUGGUACAUCCAGUAGAUCGUUUCGGUGUACCUUUAAUAGCAGCUACUCGCAAGCCACCAUCUUUGCCUUCUAGGUCAUCAUCAAGAUAUAGUCAAAGAAGUAGAUCAAGGGAACGAUCAGAAUCACCUCCGCCAAUACCCCAAAGGUCUCCUGGAUGCGAAAAUUACAGUUUUAGUGAUAGACAAUCGAUAAAAGACUUUGAACAUCAAAGUGAACACUCAUCUGUAAUUUAUCCAAUAUCUCCUACUGGACCGGAUGAAGAAGAAAUUGUUGACCAUCAGGCUGACGCUAUUGUAGAAAACGAUCAAACAGUUAAUAUUCAAGGAUCCUUCGAAUAUGAAGAUCCACAAGGAAAUAUUUACACUGAAAAUCAUGAUAAUGAAUACGCUGAAGAUGUUCAGAAUGAUGAUAAUAUUGUAUGAAAUGUAAAUUUUUAAAUAUUAUGGAACAAUAUUUUUUUAUUUGACCUCUGUCACUUCAGUCUUUCAUGCUAAAAUAAUCUUAUAAUAACUGUAUAGUAAUUUGUUUUUUUACAGAUGUGUAUCCUAUGAUUGUAAAAUUAAAACUGAUUCCAUUAUUUGUUUUAUAUAAUAUUAGCUUAUUACAUAGUGUUGGCUGAACAUUGUAUUGAGGCAAAAUAUUUUUAAAUAAUGUUUUGCAUUACCUGUUGGCUUUUCGAAUAGGUUAUAUAUAUCUUGAAAUAUGCUUUAUUCACUAGGGUAUAUAAAACGGUUGAGUUUAGUUUUACAUUUGAAGAUAAAGUGCGGGGAAUUGAAUUAAUCUGUCUUUCGUUAUUGCAGUUUAAUGUAGAAUUAGCAUAGUUGGUUCUUUUAAGUAACUCAUGAUAUUUUAUGCUAAUUUUACUUUUACUUAUACAAAUAUUGAUGGGAUAAUUUGCUUUAAUGGGAGGUGAUAAUAAACUUGAUGGACCAUAAUAAAAUACUAUUGAAAACCAGGUUUUCAAUGGUGGCCUGACUUAGAUUGACUUGUGAAUUCAACUUUGAGAAUUAUAUCAAUUUGUAAUAAAAACUAUUGUUAUAGUGAUCGAUUCCCUUUUAAACUAUCUACAUAAAUUAUUUAAAAGGUGUGGUAAAUUAAUCUCACUUUAAUCCAGUCUUAGACGUUUUAUGACUAGUUAGUACUCAUCAUAGUAGAGGUUUUGUUGUGUUUGUGGUAAUAAUGUCCACAAAUAGUAAAAACAAAGUUCAAAAUACAACGAAUUGACUCAAUUUAAAUGUAUUCCUCAUGAAUGUCCAGACGAUGAUAAACCUUCC